CUCCCACCCCAGGCCCAGCACCAUGACGGUUUCAUACACCCUCAAAGUGGCUGAGGCACGCUUCGGAGGCUUCUCUGGCCUGCUGCUCCGGUGGAGGGGAAGCAUCUACAAGCUCCUGUACAAGGAGUUUCUGCUCUUUGUCGCCCUCUACGCUGCGCUCAGCAUCACCUACCGGCUGCUGCUGAGCCAGGCGCAGAAGCUCGUCUAUGCCCAGGUGGCCCGGUACUGCAACCGCUCUGCGGACCUCAUCCCUCUGUCUUUCGUACUGGGUUUCUACGUGUCUCUGGUGGUGAACCGCUGGUGGUCCCAAUACACUAGUAUCCCACUGCCAGACCAGCUGAUGUGCGUCAUCUCGGCCAGCGUGCACGGCACGGACCAGCGCGGCCGCCUUCUGCGCCGCACCCUCAUGCGCUACGCCAACCUGGCGUCUGUGCUGGUGCUGCGCUCCGUGAGCACGCGCGUGCUCAAGCGCUUCCCAACCCUCGGCCACGUGGCGGAUGCAGGUUUCAUGUCCCAGGAAGAGAGAAAAAAGUUUGAGAGUCUGAAAUCCGAUUUCAACAAGUACUGGGUCCCCUGCGUCUGGUUCACCAACCUGGCUGCCCAGGCCCGUAGGGAUGGACGCAUUCGGGACGACAUUGCGCUCUGUCUCCUUCUGGAAGAGCUGAACAAGUACCGUGCCAAGUGCAGCAUGCUGUUCCACUAUGACUGGAUCAGCAUCCCGCUCGUCUACACCCAAGUGGUGACCAUCGCAGUGUACUCUUUCUUUGCCCUCUCCCUGGUUGGGCGCCAGUUUGUGGAGCCAGAGGCAGGGGCCGCCAAGCCCCAGGAUCCUCUGCCACCAAGCCAGGAGCCUGCGGCAGUCCCAGGAGACCCCGACAUGUAUGUGCCUCUCACGACGCUGCUGCAGUUCUUCUUCUAUGCUGGUUGGCUCAAGGUGGCCGAACAGAUCAUAAACCCGUUUGGUGAGGACGAUGAUGACUUUGAGACCAAUCAGCUCAUAGACCGAAACCUGCAGGUAUCCCUGCUGGCCGUGGAUGACAUGUACCAGAACCUGCCCCCCGCUGAGAAGGACCCGUACUGGGAUGAGGCCCAGCCGCAGCCGCCAUACACCGUGGCCACGGCUGCGGACUCACUGCGACCCUCCUUCCUGGGCUCCACCUUCAACCUGCGCAUGAGCGACGACCCGGAGCAGAGCACACAGGUGGAGGCGUCCCCGGCGUCGGCCCGACCCCCCUCACAGACCCCGCUACUCGGCCGCCUCCUGGGCGCGAGUGCGCCGUCCCCCGCCAUCAGCCUGCGCAACUUUGGCCGCGCGCGGGGCGCCCCACGCACGCCGCAUGUGCUGCGCUUCCGAGCGGAGGACGGCGGCGACUUGGUAGAGCCGGCGGGGCGCAUCGAGGAGGAGGAAGCAGAGUCGGCGGAGGAAGCCCUGGAGCCCUGA